AUGGCUGCGCUCGCGACACUCCUCCGUCACGGCCGCCGCACCCACGCCCACGGCCUCCGCCUCUCCCGUGCGCUCUCCACCACCACCCCGACCACCACCGGCGGCGCUAUCACGUUGUCGGACGCCAAGCGACAACUCCGCCGCGAGCGCGAUCCGGACCGCGUGGUCUCCAUCCUCGAGGCCAUCGACACGGCGUCCAUCUCCGCUGCCUCCACCCGCCACGCGCUCUCGCUCGCCGCUCGCCGCCUUUCCCGCUCCCGCCGCUUCGCCGACGCGGAGGCCCUCCUCUCCUCCCAUCUCACCGCUUCCAACACCGAGGCCCACCUCGCCGCCGUCCUGUGCUGCUACGCCUCCGCCAACCUCCCCGAGAAGGCCAUCGACGCCUUCCGCUCCGCAGUGCCGUCCCUCCCGGCCCCCAUCUCCCCGCUCCCCUUCAACGCCCUCCUCUCCACCUUCAUACGAUGCCGCCGCUACAGCCGCGUCCCUGUCCUCUUCGCUGAGCUCUCCAAGGAGUUCUCCAUCACCCCCGAUGCCACAUCAUAUGGCAUCCUUGUCAAGGCCUACUGCAUGACCCGCGAUGAUGCUAAGGCGAAGCAAGCCUUGGAUCUAAUGCGCGAGCAAGGUAUCUCGCCGACCACCAGUAUCUACACCACGUUGAUUGAUAACAUGUAUAAGAAUAAGAUGACCAAUGAGGCUGAGUGCUUGUGGAAGGAGAUGGUAGAGAGUGGAUGUGAACCCGAUGUGGCAACUUAUAAUGUGAAGGCCUUCUAUUACGCCCUCCAUGGGAAGCCAGAAGAGGUUAUGGAGGUGAUGACAGAGAUGGAAGCGGCUGGAGUGAAGCCGAACACCAUCACCUACAACUUCCUCAUGCGUAGCUAUUUCAAGAGUGGCAAAUUGGAGGAUGCCAAGGUCCUUUACCACUCCCUAGCUGAGAAGGGGUGCUCGGCAGAUGCUUCCACAUACAAGCACAUGUUAGCAGAUGUCUGUGCCCAUGGAGACUUUGAUGCUGGAUUGGGCAUCUUCAAGGAUAGCUUAAAGAGGCGCAAAGUGCCAGAUUUUAGGACAAUGAAAGGGUUGGUUGAGGGAUUGGCAAAGGGAGGCAGGGUGGUUGAUGCCAAAGAGGUUAUUGCAGAGGUAAAAAAGAUUUUCCCAGAGAAUUUGCUGUCUGGUUGGAAGAAGGUUGAGAAGGAGCUUGGAUUGGACUCAGAUAGUGGAGAAACUCCUCAGUCGAAAGUUACAUCUGGAGAAACUGUUGCUGAGGUUAGGCCCGGUGCUGCAGAGGUAGAGGCACUUGAGCUGGAAGGAUCUGCCGCUGAGGAAAGUGCUGUAUCAGAAGAAUCCAGUGAUGAUGAAGCUUCUGUGCCUGAAGCAUCAUCUAGUGAGGAAGUGCCACAAGGUCGUGCCUAA